AUGUUUCCUGAGAUAUUUGGUUACACACGUCCUCUUAACUCUCGAACAAUAUUUCAUCGCUCAGCCGACCAAGCCGACCAGACCGUUGCUACUGUCCUGGGCGUCAUAUUCGGUGUGAUCGGAUUCAUCAUAUUCCUUUGCAUAUUUACUUGUUGCUGUGGCGCAUGCCGAGUACGUUCGAUUCCUGUCGAGGAUAUUGAAAAGAGCAGUGAUGGAUACUGUAACGGAGAAGCCUUGGUGAGAGAAAGUAGGGUAUGCAGAAGUCCUAAAUCGAAGGGACAGGCUUGGAGAAAGGUUGAGACUAGGAGGGAGGAAGUGAGGGAGAGGGUUGUAGGGGGUAGAGGGGUAAAUGGAAUUAACAGGCCUGCGAUGGCAUAUCUGGGGGGACCUCGUCCUAUGAUGUUUCACUCCGCCCCUCCUAACCUUCAAGCCUUACCUCCUCGUCGACAUUUCGAUCCUUUACAACCUCGUGAGGUUAGGGGUGGGCCGAGGCGACCGUCUCUGAGGACUGCGUCACCAGCUGUCCCUCGAGUUGGAGCUCCUGUUGUACCAAGUCUGGCGACGAACGUUGUGCCUGAUUUGAGGUUUCCUAUUAGCGAAGGGAGUAGCUCUGAUAGUGAAAGUAUCGGGGCGGGUCCGACUAUAGUGCCCGCAAUGCAAGGCCGAUCACCGGCGCUUGGGGCACCUAUUGAGCCUUCUAUGGUACCAUCGACGGCACGCCCACCGAGAACGAUCAUCCAACCGGUGGCAGUACAUCCAAGGAAUGUAGUUACCAGGCCUGAAUUUGAGGAUGCGAUCGACGAUUUUGAGAAUUUGAUGGGGAGGCAAUUAGAAGGGAUGAGAACGAAGAUAGAAAGGGAGGUAGACGAAGAGCGGCGACAAAGACAGCUGGAGACAUUCGAAUCGAAUGCUCUACAAAACGAAAUAAUAAACGAACUUGACGAAGAAAGACAGAAGCGCCAUUUAGAGGCACUUGGAUCAAACUUACGGCAACAAGUAAUGAGGGAAGAUAUCGCGGAAUUAAGGGAGAGGACCACGAAUCUGGAGUAUGAAAGUCGACGGACGAAGGAUACUCUAAUUUCGAUUGCUACUCAUCCCAAAACCCCACCACCUCCGGUUAUUAUAAAUAAUAAAUGUGCUCAUCGUUCCAGCUCUAGGAGAGGGCUUAAUGAUGAUGACUCCAGCGGUUCUGGUUUUGGCGGGGCAAUCCGACCUAUCGGGCCUGGACCUCCUGGACCACCCCCUUCAUCUGUAAGCUCGGGCGAUGAUUACCUACCGACACAUCUCGGCCAAACUCGUUUCAGAUCCUCACCUGGUACUCCCCCAAACCUGCGGUCAUUAAGAAUGCCUCAUGACCCAUCGGGUGGGCCGUCAACUGGUCUCGGUAUGAUGUUCCCAGAAGGAUCACUCGAUGAAGGAAGCAGCGGUUUCCGGACGCCAGAUUCCCAACCUGCAUCGCCGAGAACUACACCACGACCUCAUCCAAUUCGGCGGGUGUCGAUAGAGUACCCUAUGCCGCCACAAGUACGGCCACAACAGGAAGCAUCGAUCCCACCACACUCGAAACAACCGCCACAAAGUGCCUUUAACCAGGGGUCCAGACGACCUCCACCAAGGCCGGUGUUUCUCCAGCCAGGGGAGAUAUAUGCCCCUUCCGAUUCUCCGCUUGAACCAGAAAUGGAGGACCUUUCUUCACCAAAGUUUCGGGGCAUGCCACCGAUCGGGCGGCACCCCGUUGCCCCAGGGCAUAUUCCUAGUAUUAGGCGCUCGAGAGAAAAUAUGAGAGGUCAAAAUUCUUCUCGUUAUUCACUUUUUUCUGAGGGCAACGGGAAUAGGGGAUAUAGUCGAGACCAGGGUCAAAAUCAAAGAGGAGGGGGAGGAGGAAGAAGAAGAAGUAGUGACGGUCUAGGGGGUCUUGGUCCAAGAGACCCAUUAACUGGGUUUGGCGACCCACGUGGACGAAAUGCAUCUAUUACCAGCAACCAUGUAUCUUUCGUGCCAUCAGACCAAUUUGAGCGGUAUUCUGCGGCAUCUCAGGGUUUUGAUGAUAGUAGUAUGGAUGAUAGCAUGACUAGGGUUGGGACUGGGCGCGGUUUAUCAACUGAAUUCCAGCCUCAAAGGCCGGAUACACAGAGAAGGAAUAGCUUCCACGUCCACGAUCCACCUGAACGAUUUGGGAAUCAUACACGGCCUAGUUUUCCCGUCGACGCAGCGUCUGUGGAUAGUUACGAUACUGAUAGAGUUAGAGGAGCAGCGAAGAGGACGCCAGGUACGGUUACCGAACCUUGGGUGGAUGGGGAAAGGGAAAGGUAUUUGAGGAAUAUGCAAAGAAUGGGAGGGAUGGAGGCUAUUCAGUCGCAGGAUACAAGUAGUGAUACGAAUAUGGGAUCGGAGAGGGAUAGGGAAGGUAGUGGGGGGAGCGGUGUGGAUCGGGAUGGGAGGUUCCGGUAUGAACGAUACUAG